AUGGACUCAAAUGGGUCGUCGCUCAUUCGCAGCCAGUCGAUGGCGAGCGGUCUGGAGAAGACGUCCCCGUCCAGGAACAAGCCAGCCCUGUCCCACAGCAGCAGCACGCUGUCGUCUCCUCGCUCCCGACAGAUCAUCAAAGAUUGGGAAGUGAUCGACGACCUUCAAGUAGAAAUGCGAACAGGAAGUGAAAAUCCUGAAGUUCUGACCACUCCAGGAAUCUGUGAAGGGUAUCUUCUCAAGAGAAGAAAGUGGCCUCUCAAAGGCUGGCACAAGCGAUACUUCGUGCUGGAAGCAGGAAUCUUACGUUACUCCAAAAAUCAACAAGAUGUAUCCAGGGGACGAGUCCAGGGUUCGUUAGACGUCAGCCUUGCUGUGAUGUCAAUUAACAAGAAGUCCAAUCGGAUUGACUUGGACGCAGGAGACAUCCUCUACCACAUGAAGGCAAAGAGCCAUGAACUCUUCUACAUUUGGGUGACCAAGCUGAAAGCGCACCGCCGGUACAAAAAGAACGAGACAGCGUUCGCCCACAGCAGCAUCCUGCAGACGCUGUCCCACUCAGCUUCAGCCGGUCAGGCUCUGAGAAAUGGAGAUUUGCGGAGCUCUGCAGGGAUGGAAGAUUCAGCCGGCGGGUCAGGGGUUCUGCCUUCAGCCAAUACCGCUGUGAACACCAAGGUGUCGGCAUGGCUGAGGCAAAGCCACGAUCCAGAUACCUGCGUUCAGGAGCUGAACCGUUGUAAUCUGGACCUUUCCGAGCUGAACCGUUUAAUUCAGCAGCUCCAGACGCUGGAGACGUGUCAGGCUUUCACUAAUGGCGAUCUGCAGCGUAUCAUCAGCAUACAGAAUCUCUCACUCGAGAAACCAAAGAAGACAAAGUCGGGAAAAAUACGGGGUCAUUCCCGCACACUGUCCAGAGUGGAGGCCCUGGGCAUGCCUAUUCGUGGGAUUUCCAAAUCGCUGUCCUCCAGUCACCUGAGCAGCUCGUCCCACCUCGGUGCAUCAGUGCCCUCGAUCCCCGACUACGUCUGCUCUCAGCUGUCCCCCCACACCGUCUCAUCACCCGAGGGCAAGAAAAUCCAGCAGGACAUCUGCGCCGUGUCACUGCGGGUUCUGGCUUCUCUUAAGUCGGUGCAUGAAACUCUGUCCCUGGAGAGGCAGAAGCUGCAGGAAGCCUGGCAAGCCAACGACCUUCACCAGCCUCACUCGUUAGAUCGGCCUGCGUCGUCACUCGGGCCGCCUUCAGUAGCCGACUCGGCUGCAGAAUAUUUUGAUGCCAGUGACAACAUCCUGUGGGGCAGUUCCUCUGAGGUGUCUGAUGAAUCUGGACUCAGUGAUGGGAGCACCACAAACUCUGAGCCGGAGGAGGGACACGCAUCAACCACCAGAAAGUACCAUGCAAGUAUUUCCAGGAGUCCUAACAAUGUUGUGCUUAAGAGCACUGGACGCCGAACCACGUUACCUGCUCAUUGUCCUGACAACAGCCACGUAGGCCUCGUGGCCAUCCUCUACAACAACAUAGGUAAAGAUUUAGCUCGAGUCUCCAUGCCAGCUGCUCUGAACGAGCCCGUCAGCCUUCUGCAGAGGUUGUGUGAAGAGUUGGAGUACAGCGAGCUGCUGGACACGGCGAAUAACACCCCAGACCCAUUCCAGAGGAUGGUUUACAUUGCUGCCUUUGCCAUUUCUGGUUAUAGCACUGCAACCUUCAGAAACCGCUACAAGCCCUUUAACCCGGUGCUGGGGGAGACCUUCGAGUGCAUCCGAGAGGAUCGGGGUUUCCGCUUCAUCAGUGAGCAGGUCUGCCAUCACCCGCCCAUCUCAGCCUGCCACACCGAGUCAGAAAACUUCUCAUUUUGGCAAGACCAACGAUGGAAGAAUAAAUUCUGGGGGAAGUCUCUGGAGAUUUAUCCGACAGGAAUGGUCAAUGUGACUUUAUCAAGGUUCGGAGAUCACUACGAGUGGAACAAAGUGGUGACCUGCAUCCAUAAUGUCUUCAGCCAGCAGCGAUAUCUGGAGCAUUAUGGAGAGGUGACCAUCCAAAACCUCAAAAACAACGUCUGCACCUGCAAGAUCACCUUCGUGAAGUCUCGGUACUGGGGUUCAGAUGGAAACAAGAACGAGGUCCAGGGAACUGUGCUCGACCAAAGCGGCAAUGUCAUUCAUCGAUUUGGAGGUCUUUGGCACGAAGGAAUCUUCUGUGACACUCUGCCAACACCAAAAUGCAUAUGGAAGCCAAAUCCCCAGCCGAAGGAUUACCUUCUGUAUUAUGGCUUCUCCACCUUCGCCAUGGAGCUAAAUGAGCUCAACCCAGACCUGAAGCCGCUCCUGCCUCGUACAGACACCCGCCUGCGCCCAGACCAAAGAAUGUUGGAGGAGGGACAAGUGUCUGAAGCCGACAGAAAGAAAGACGAGAUAGAAGAAAUUCAGAGGGUGCGGAGAAAAGAGCUCGCCAGAAGAGGUCAAGAACAUGUUCCACAGUUUUUCAAAAAAGCCAAAGAUUCCUCUGGACGGGACGUGUGGUUGACAACUGGGACUUACUGGGACCUAAGAGAGAACCCAGGUUUUGCUAACCUCGAUAACCUGACUCUGUGGUGACGAGACGAGGCUGCUGCAACACGCGGGACAUCCCAUAA